UCUCUUCUCUUCCCCUUCUUCAAAAUCCAACUGUUUCUGACAUCACUCUGAGGUGGAGAGGAGAGAGGGAUAGAUCGGAACAGUUGGCCCCGAAAUCCUAAAAGGCGCGCUUUGUGCUUUUGCCCUGAAGCAUGCCAGCACGGGGAACAGAGCGUUUGAUGGUUUUAAGAUGCCCAUAAGAGGUUGCGCACCGGGCAACUUAAAAAAAAAAAAAAAAAAAGUAUCCGAAUAGUGUCUAAAAAGUAUCCGAAUAGAAAACAUCAAAGAAAAAAAUCGCAACUAUUAGUCGCUUCAUCUCUCGAGAUUGCCAUGGCAACAAUAUGCACGGGGAAAGAAUGCGCUGGCGGGGAGCGCGCGAGCUCAUUGGGGGGCAUUGAGGGCGGAUUGAGGUCGCUGAUUGGCCCAAAACGAAGCACCAUAACUACACGAAGUUUAUAUUCAUUCAGCUUGUUCAAGUGGUUAAACUACUGCAGUUAGAGGGCAACCAAACCCGGACAGCGUUUCUGCACAAAAACAAUUGACCACUGAAAACGCGGGAUGUCUUGAAAGCCAGGUUCUAUCAUAAAAAUGGCAAGCUCUGACAGCGAAGUGAAAACCUUACUUAACUUUGUGAAUUUGGCUUCAAGCGACAUCAAGGCGGCUCUGGACAAAUCGGCCCCCUGUCGACGCUCCGUGGACCACAGGAAGUACCUUCAGAAGCAGCUAAAGCGCUUCUCGCAGAAGUGCCCGAGGACGCCUCGGUGCCACGCGCACAGGAUCAGCGAUUCCGGUGCUGCAAAACUGAUCGAGCGUGUUGAGUUUCCGCAGCAACGAGCUGAACAACAUCUGAACGAGAAGCAAUCUGCUCAUACACGUGGAGAGGAGAACGCAGACGGAAACCCGAACACCGAGAACAGGAGCGCACCGGGUCAUAUUCCCAUGCGCAAACGCCAGCUCCCUGCGUCCUUUUGGGAAGAACCGCGCUCAUCUCACAUCAGUUUUGAAUACGCGUGGAAGAGCCACUCGAACGGGAUUGUAGAUUACGGAUCAUCAAAGACUGAUCGAGAGAAAAGGACCUCAAUUGAAGAUGAACUGAAAACUAACUCGUGGAUGCGGGUUCGGCGCGGAUCUUCUGAUCUGGAGCCUCUCAAGUUGGAUCUGACUUCCACCAAUGUGGCUGUGUGCGCGUACUGUCCGCUUCAAUGCCACGGACACCGGCUCCUCCACAAUCACUUCAUAACGCCACAUAGUGCAUUCACUGAGCCAGGGCUCAGGUCUAAAAUCCCCGCGACUGAACUGGACAUGCUAAAAGUCAAAGAUGGACUGAAACACCGUUCAACAACACACGUCGUGGUGAAGCCCAUUCCAACGAAACCGGUUACCUCGUCCAUUUUCAGUGUGUUCGGUUUUAUUUAGAGGUCUGUGGAAAUGCCUGAAUAUUCAUUAGAACAAAUAACAAAGACUACGAACUGUAAAUACUUGAUCAUUUCAAGGGUUAAGUCUGUAUUUGUCUUAAUGUAAAUACCGCAGAUAGAAAUCUCUUGGCCUGCCAAUGACUUAAUGAAGCACUUAAAGGGGGCAAUAAAUAUGUAGCAUGCUCAGAACAAAAAUAAGCUAUAAUCUCAUGUUACUGAGGCUGGGUUUAGUGUUUACCAAGAUCGUUUAGAAACAUUAACAAUUUAUAGGCUACUAACCUCGUUGGAAUAGUGAGCUAAAUACUGGGGGUUAAAGUAUAUAAUCAUUACGAGAUUUAUGGGUUUUUUUUC